AUGUACCCUAUCACACUCUCUAGGGCUUUAUCAAAGAUAUGUGCGAAUUUAUAUUCAACCAUCUGAGCCCCUACAACAAGAUUCCAAAAGCUUGGCUCCAUUGGUCUAAUUUCACCGCAGCAUCCAGCAACUCUUACAUCAGUCUUCAUGCACUCGUACAGCAAAAAUAAGGAAUUUGGGAGAGGCCUGGUUCCGACGUCCAACAACAUAACAUAG